AUGGAAACCAGACACGCUCUGUCUGUCCGUCUGUCAGGCACGACAGCACACGGCUGUUGUCCUCUGAAUUGGGAUUCUUUCGGCACCAACUGCUACUUAUUCAGUACCACGCCAUUAUCGUGGCACGAUGCCAGAGACUGGUGUAAUGGACACGAAUCUCACUUGGUCAUUCUUCUCACUGAUGAGGAGUGGGAUUUUGUGAUCCAGCGUAGCGCGGGCUCCUUGCGCUGGGUGGGCCUGACUGAUGAAAGGACUGGGCGGUGGGAGUGGGUCAACCAGACACCCUACAUCAUGAACCGGAGGCGGUGGAAACCUGGGCAGCCCGACAACUGGGCCCAUCAUGGUCAAGGACCUGGGAAUGAAGACUGUGCUCACCUUCACAAUGAUGGACGCCUGAACGACCAGCACUGCUCCAUCAAAGAACGCUUCAUCUGUCAGAAAGACAACCUGAGAGUCUGAACACACCUGCAGGCCUGACUCCACCCACUUCAGAUUAUAAGGAACCUCUCCAAUUAAAGCACUGG